UCUCGGCUCGUUUUUUUUUCGCUCUCUUCUUUUUGUGCAGUUGCGGCGGGCAAGCAGAAGGCAAAUCGGCGGCUGCUGUAAAGAACAAGUCUGUCAAUAAACGUUUCUUCUUCCCCACGAUUUUCUGGUAAUCGCAAGCUUUGUUCCAAGAUACGUCUUCGAAUGUGUAAUGAUGUGCCUUGUAAUUGUUUUUUCGGGAUGACCUAUUCACCGCUCGCUGGGUUUCGCGAAGUCGCGGUGGGAUACCACCGAGCAGCUCAUGGAUCUCCCGGCAACAGAUGUCUAGCAGUUUCGAAUCCUAACCGAUCGCUUAUAUCCGAUCCGAUGGAAAAGGACGUAGGUGAAAGGGGAGAGUGGGCGAACAAGGGAAAAACAAAAAAAGAAAAUCAGGGAGGCAAGACUGCACCCCCUCAAAGUGCGUCAUUGACACACACACCCCCCCGAGCGACAGACUCCCCGGACCAAUAUGAGAGAGCACACGUACCGAUGAUGAGAAAGCAAGUCCAGGACUCGAGGAUGAAGAUGAGACGAUUCAACAGACGUCCUCGUCGGUUUGGGGAUGGAUACUCAGCCACCAGUGGGCGCAACCGUUUGAGAUGGGGGUCAAAGUGGCGGAGAGCCAGCAACGAGGCGGAUUGCGAUCAGAAACAGAGGGAAGGCAAAACAGAGCUGACCGAGCCCGUCCGGGAGGGCAAAGUCGAGGGAUAGUUGGUUCAAAGGACCAGAUCAGUGUUGGAGAGCGAGACUCCCAACGAUCAAAGGGCGACGGAGAUCGAGAUGAGGGAGGGAAAAAAAGUUUUAGGUGUGGUAGGUGCUAAUCAGGCGUGCCCAGGUACAACAACAAAGACUGGAGCGAGUACUUAAACUGACGCAUCAACGUGAUAGGGAGAGAUGAGGCGUCGACGAUGAGCC